UUUGCCACAGUAUUUCCCUACGUAUGUGUACGUAAUGACGUAACACGCCCAAAGAACAAACCGACGCAUGAUCCAUCUGAGAGAAAGAGGCGCCGGCGAACAAGAGGAAAUGGCUGUGAACGUAUAUUCCACCUCAGUGACUAGCGACAAUCUGAGUCGCCAUGACAUGCUCGCAUGGAUCAAUGAGUCUCUACAGAUGAACUUCACUAAGAUCGAGCUUUUAUGUUCAGGUGGAGCCUACUGCCAGUUCAUGGACAUGCUGUUCCCAGGCUGCAUACCUCUGAAGAAAGUUAAAUUUGGUGCAAAGUUAGAGCAUGAAUACAUACACAAUUUUAAGAUAUUACAGGCUGCCUUCAAAAGGAUGGGAGUUGACAAAAUUAUCCCCGUUGACAAAUUGGUGAAGGGCAAAUUUCAAGACAAUUUUGAAUUUGUUCAGUGGUUUAAGAAGUUUUUUGAUGCCAACUAUGAUGGAAAAGACUAUGACCCAGUGGAGGCUCGACAGGGCCAGGACACCAUGCCUGUACCCAACCCCUCCAUGCCUGCCCUCAGCAAGCCCAAGAAGAUUUUGAAUGCAGCACCACAGAGAGCAGCCGUUGCCAAGGUAACACCCAAGAUGGUGCCUAGCUCUGCGCGGAGACCCGGUGCAGGUGGCGAUGAAGAAAGGGCAGAGCUUAUUCAAGAGUUAAAUAUGUUAAAGUCUACGAUCCAGGACAUGGAGAAGGAGCGGGACUUUUACUUUGGCAAACUGAGGAAUAUUGAGCUGAUCUGUCAAGAGAAGGAUGGUGAAGGAGACCCCACCCUGCAGAGGAUUGUGGAUAUUCUUUAUGCCACAGACGAGGGAUUUGUCAUACCAGACGCUGAGUCAGAGGACCAGGAGGAGUUCUAAUGCUCGUGACUUGUUGCAGUUUAAACCCUCCUCUCACUCUCUCCAUUCCCGUCCUCUCCAGUCACUUACCUCCCACCUUCCCAUCCACACAUCCCGUUAUGCAUUUGGACUAUUCCGAACUAACUCCAUAUUGAAUCCCAUCGCAUCUGCUAAAGCAUGCAUAGACACACAUCAUGUUGAAAGAACUGUUUUAAUGCCCUCAGACCUCAGGCUGCCACGAUACUCGUGUUUCGCUCCGAGGAAGAGUGUGUUUCCUGUCUGUAAAAUACAAUCUAAUAUUGUUUUCCUCUUUUAGCAACUUCAGACACCUGCAAAUGUAUUUAUCUUAUUUUAAA